ACGUCCCACCAAUCCCCAGUAGCCAGAUCUUCUGUCCCCACUUCCCACCAUCAUGAUGAGAAAGUUUGAAUGACAGAGAGAGAGCGAGAUCCGCGGUGCGUGAGGAGGACCCGGGGAGAGAGCGCGCUGCGUGCACACAUGGCACGGGCACCGCUCUCCCUGCCCAUCCUGCGGGGGAUCCCGCUACUACUGCUCUGCGUUGCUGCUGUGUCUGCGGGGGCCCUGAGCCCGGAGAGAAGCCUGGCAUGGGGGCCUGGGCUGCAGGCUGGCAUAGUGAUGCCGGUCAGAUACUUCUACAUCCAGGCUGUGAGCAGCGACGGGCACAACCUCACCUCCUCCCCAGGGAAUACACCAUUUAAGGUAACAAUUAAGGCUCUCUCUCCGAAAGAGUAUGUUCGAAUUCACGUACCCGAUCCUCUGGAUAGGAAUGAUGGUUCUUUCCUGAUGAGAUACCGUAUGUAUGGGAGCGCUAAGGAUGGGUUGGUGAUUGAAGUGCGCCACCAGGAGAAGCAUGUGGCUCAGUCUCCAUAUAUACUACAAGGGCCCGUUUAUCACGAGUACUGCGACUGUCCAGAAGAAGACCCUGAAGUUUGGCAGCAGACUCUUUUUUGCCCAACCACAGAAGCUCAAAUCUCAAAAGACUUUGCCCCUUUCCCAACAAUAGACCUCAACAGGAUGCUGGAGGAGGUGCCCAGGAGGUUUGCAGAAAAACGCGGCGCAAUAGUUCAUUACACUGUCCUCAAUAAUCAAAUCUAUCGGCGUUCCAUGGGCAAGUACACAGACUUCAAGAUGUUCUCGGAUGAAAUACUGCAGUCGCUGGCAAGAAAGGUUCAUCUGCCAGAUUUUGAAUUCUACAUCAAUGUUGGGGAUUGGCCGGUAGAACACCGAAAGGCAAAUGACACCUCUGGCCCGCUGCCAAUGAUCUCCUGGUGCGGCUCUGCUGACUCUAGAGACAUCAUUCUUCCAACCUAUGACAUUACUCAUUCAACUCUUGAAGCUCUCCGUGGAGUCACCAAUGACCUUCUCUCCAUCCAAGGCCACACCACUCCUUCAUGGGACAACAAAACUGAACAGGCCUUCUUCAGAGGACGAGACAGCCGGGAGGAACGUCUUCAGCUGGUCCGAAUGUCUAUGAAAUACCCAGAGCUGCUGGAUGCUGGUAUCACUGGUUACUUCUUCUUUCGGGAAUUGGAGAAAGAGUUGGGGAAAGCUCCACUCAUUGGAUUCUUUGAUUUCUUCAAAUACAAAUACCAGGUGAAUGUGGAUGGGACGGUGGCUGCCUACAGGUUUCCCUAUCUCAUGUUGGGGGACAGCCUGGUAUUGAAGCAGGACUCUCCGUACUACGAGCACUUCUACAGUCUGCUUAAGCCAGGAAAACACUACAUCCCCAUCAAACGCAACCUGGGAGAUUUGAUUGAGAAGAUACAGUGGGCUAAGGAAAAUGAUGAAAAAGUAAGAAAGAUUGCCAGGGAAGGUCAGGCUCUGGCCCGAGAGCUGCUGCAGCCUCACCGCCUCUACUGCUACUAUUAUAAAGUCUUCCAGAUGUAUGCUGAGCGCCAAACAAGUCGCCCUGAGAUCCGGGAUAAAAUGGAGCACGUUCCUCAGCCAGAUGACAGUACUACGGUGUGUAGCUGUCACAGAAAGAAGAUGAAUAAAGAAGAGCUGUAAGAGUGAUUUCUCCUGUAGUGAGGGAGAGAAAUGGGACGUGGCCCUUAUCUGGCUGUACUGUAAAGCGGUUCUGCAGUGUCCAGGUGCAGACAUUAGAGGUGUUACCUGGCUUCAGUCAUGUACAGUACAAUUCCACAUUGAGAACAUUCCAUGUGACUGCAGCAAUUGCUAUUGCAGUGUCACAGUCUGAUGCACAUUCAGCAAUAAUUGUAUUCAAAUCGGCAGUGAAUGUGAUACAACCCAAUAAGCACUGAGGGCUGGACUCAGGGGGGAGAUACCUUCUGAAGGACUAUGCAGGAAAUGUAGCUCUGAGCCAGUUGGAGGGAGAUGCCAUGUUCUAUGAUAACCUCCCAUUGGAGGAGAGGAAAGCAUAGACGCAGUAGCAACCAUGAAGGACAUUGUGAUAUUGUUUAUGACUGUUUCAAUGCUGCUGACAAUGUACAGAUUUCUAUUUACUAUUUUGUACAAUAAAUUUAUAAUAAAUGGA